GGAUUAAAUGUGAAGUAUGUGCUGGCUAGAUGGUGAAGUAUUGAAUCGUUAAAAGACCGGAAAAAAAUCGAUUCUUUGGAAGGCCCUAUCCUUUAGACCUUGUUCACUUGUUGCCAUCACUUCAAGUCUAACCAGUUCCUCUAACUACCAAUUGGCCCCGAUCGGCUGACGCCCCGUACCCCGAAAGCGCCGCCCCGAAACGCCUUCCCCGAUUAACACGGUGCAGGUCCCCAGUCUGAGAAAAAAAAUGACACGUCACACUUUUAUUUCCUUAACAUUGUCGUGGCAAGGGUUGUUUGUUGAUCAAAAAAUAUUCUAGUUUGGUCGAAACAAGAAAUUUAUAAAUGUGAUUAAAUCAAUCGUUUUAUUUGUAUGUGUCACGUUACAGGUGUUUCGGCAGUGCCUGCUGGAAAUCGACGUCGUUUUCCUCGGAAAUAGCUACCAUAGUAUAUUUUCAGGAAUCAUUAUCCCUGUUUCAAGAAUAUUGGAAUUUAUAAACAUUUUCUUUAACAGUGGUUUCUUUGAUUUUGUCUGGCAAUGGCAAGAGACAUCCUUUCGUCUAAUGUUAUUUUCUCAACUCCCCACAAGAGACAGAAAAAAUCUCACUGUGAUGAUAUUGCCUAUUCUGCUAUGCACAAUCACUUACAUGAUAAUGAGCCAUCUAAUGAUGUUUCUUCACGUAGAACAACAAGGUCAAUUUCGCGAAAUCAGGCACGAGACGUAGUUUCCGAAGAAAUCUCGGCCUCAACUAACGGUGUGGACAGUUCUCUUACUAAAAACAACGUGUCUACGACUGAAUUAGCAGGCACUAAUAUUCAUCAGAUUCCAUCAGGGCCCCAAAUCUCCCAUCAAAUACUCACCACAUCCAACACAAUGCCCUCGUCAGAAAUCGUAAAAGUUAAAAGAGGAAGAGGUCGGCCCAGAAAAUAUCCAAGACCAGAAAGUGUUCCAGCUGUCGUGCCAUGUGCAGUUGUGUUGAAUCCGCCUUCGUUGGAAGUGUUGAACAAUUUUCGGUUUCAUAGUAUGGAUAGCGCAGAUUCCUGUCCAAGUAAAGGACCAGAGGAAGUACCUUCCAUGGAGCAGAAUUUUCCGUCAGGCUCAAUUCCACCAUCAGAUGAAACCCUUUUCACAACUCUGCAAAAUUUCGGGAAUUCGCUGAGGAAUGACAAACAGUGGGGCCCUCUUUCAUGCCGUCAGCCAGUCGAAGAAGAAAUACUCGAAAUACCAGACAAUAUCCACGAACCGGUUAAAGAAGUUCGCUUUGCUGAGACGCUAGUAAAACAAUCAAAAAAGAUUGCCAACACCAAUGAUUUCGAUCUCUAUGCCAUUCCUCUUGUGAAACUGGGCAACCUAUUCUCAAGUGUUGAGCGAUUUACUUUCGGUGAAGCCAAUCACCAGACGGAGCACCGUAUAGUCUUGGUGUUUGGAGAAAAUACAUCUAAGCAAAUGGAUUUUAUCAACUGCAUCGCCAACUACGUCCUCGCCGUUGAAAAGGAAGAUAAAUUUCGUUUUCAAGUAACCCAAUUGGAAGCCAUCUAUCAGGUGAACUGUAUCAAGGUCUACACCUUCCAUCAUGCCGAAGGAUACCGCGUCCCUUAUUCACUGACAGUAGUCGCCAUGCCUAGUAAUUUUAGCGCAUGUGACUCGGAACUGUUCAAUGACCAAAGAACAGCCAAAGAAUUUCUCGAGUUCCUCAAAGAUAAGGAUAGUAUUCAGGAGCUGGACAUGAUUUGCAACGUAACUGCUGUGACAGAUGUCAGCCAACAAUCUUUCUUGUCCAUAUUCGGCAACGACGUUGAUGGAAUCGUCAGCACAUGGCAGCCAAUCAGUUGCGUAGGCGACACAUCUUCGUGGCAAGAAACUAUGCAGAGCUUUUUCACGUCUCUGGCAGAGAAAAAGAAAAGAUCGCUGCGUUUAACCAAACAGGUUUUGGAAGAACGAAAACAAAUGGAAGUGACUGUAGAUGGACUUCGACCACUCAUCAAGGUCGGGUGCGUGAAAAUGGAAGAAAUUAGCAAGACAAAGAAGAUGAUUGUUUUUUGCCAAGCACAAAUCCAAUCGAGCGAUGAAGCUUUGGAAAAGUUCCAAGUUGAAUUGACACAAAAAGUGGACCUCCCUGUCGGCCAAUACGUGAAUAAUUGUACCCAAUGCUACGUCACAUGCGGCAGCAACUCGUCUAUGAAGAAAGAAAAUGAGAGUAUGUCUUCUUCAAAUCUGUCUGACUCGGUUAUCGGUGAUUCGUGUUCUGUCUGCCCGGGAAAAUGUAACUCGGAUAUGCACGCUAUUCAGCCUUUCCGGUGGGUUUACGUGAAAAAGGAGCCUGUCAAUUUGUCCGACCCUGCUAACCAAAGAUACGAGGCUGAAAUGAAAUGGAAAAGCAUAAAAUCAACUGGACGAGAUUUGGUCGCUGUAUUGCAAAGUGACUUGGUUGAAAACGGGACGAUGAUGUUGGAACAGUUUCAAACCAUAUGGCGGUGUAUCCAGCGAAUGAACAAAAUCGCACUUCGUGGAAACUCGUUUUUGACUCAGAAAGUUUUUGAUUUACUUUACGAUGCCGAGCAACAACUCAGACAGCUCGAGUUUGAUGACGGGCUAGAAUGUUUGAAGAUAUUGGAACAUUGACAGUACCUUGGUUUAUAUACUAUGUUCCCCAUUCAUUUUGCAUACGAUAGUUUUCUUCGUGUCUGUUUUAAUAUCAAUCCAAGACCGGUUUAUUUUCUCAUCACGACAAACGGAACCAUUCUUCUGGGGCCAAUCCCUUUUUUUUUUUUUUUUUUUUUUUUAUAAUAAACGUGUAAGGAUCGUUUAGUUCGUUUAAAUCUAAAUCCUACAACAUGGUCAUAAAGGUGUCUAUUGACCACCAGUUUUGUCCUAAAACUUUCAUCCUUACACUUAAAGGGUGACAUGUGCCGAUUCUUUUUGUUUUGUUUUCUACCAUUUUCUCAGCCAAAUCCAGAUCUUUCUUUUUUACCUCGUUAUCAUCGUUUAAUGAGUCAUACAAAUAUACAGUCGCAACAGAAAAAAAUAAUAGAGCUAAAAGGUUGCAUGGGAA